AACUAAUCCAUUAAUCCAUUAAUUUCUUUGGCAACUUAAAUUUUGCAUUUGCUUUCCACUGGGCAUAAACAUUGCAGACGCAUGCAUGUCUUGAAUUGCCGAUUCAAGAAAAGGAACAUUGAAUUUGUCACGCGUCAUUCUCCAACAAUUUCCCUAACGUAACUAGGUAUCUAUCUAUCUAGUUAACAUUGAACCAGAAUCAUUUCCCUAUUCCUUUUUUCGUCUUUCAAAUCUUGGCCUUGCGUCUAAGAUUGGAUGGCUUCACCACUUUCUGUUAGUAAAAGCGGUGUACUCAAUUGUGCUACACCUUCUACGGAUCGUCAUCUUGACAAGUUCCAGAUCCAACCGCCCACAUCCAGGAUGGCUAGUGAACGCGUCACUACCGACAGCGAUUUGACGAGUCCUUCAGUCCCCAUACGAGGCAAUGAAGAAAAGGACAAUGUCGGUCGAAACCAGGAGAAUAUUUCACCCUCCAAGUCGCGCCAUUCCAGAAUUCUAUCUGGUACCGAGCUUUCGCCUCUGAAGAUCUUAACCGCCAAGGACGACAUUAUCGAUGCAGAGACUUACUCACCCCGAAGACAAGCCUCACCUGCUAAGAGUACGAGGAAGAUGUUCCCCGAGAAACGCUUCCCCGUCAAAAUCAAUACCCCAUCACCUUCUUCAUCUCCGGUUUCGACCCCAACACCAGUCACGGCUCCAGCCCCUGUCCCGGCCGUAGCCGCAGCCCCGACCCCUAUCAAGACGACAGCCACGGCGCCGGUAGAAGACACGCAGACACCGCGAGUCAACCCACAUACUAUAACUUUGGAACAAGCACUUCGCCAGAAUGUAGGGUUAGCAAAUGCUAUCAAGAUAUUUGAAGAUGAAGAGACAAUGAUGGAUGACACCGAAGACAAUGAUGCUGAUGCUACUUCUAUGACCAUCGACGAUGAACACCUAGCUGAAGAGGAGCCUUCCGGCCCAGAUGACACUAUGAUCAGCACAUUCAGCACAUUCUCCGCCGUGCCUAAUUUAACAAUGUUCGCGAAGAUUGGCCACAGUCCUACUAAAUUUGCCAACACGAGUGCUACCCCUACUGCUGCGCGUGGCCGUCGCGAGCUCUCCCCUGAACGAACUCCUAGGCCUCCUGUUAUGCACGAAUCUGGAAAUACCACCAACCUUCUUAUGGACUUCACCGAACAGAUCAAUGGAUUUUCCUCUAGACAUCCUGAGCAGAUUCCGAGCCGCCACCAAGCUUCCGGCAGGGCGAUGAGGAACUCGAUCGCAGGCACGCCCCAACGUACACAGUCAAAUUUACUUGACUUCGAUAUCCCACCUCUCCCUACUCCCCGAAGCAUUCCCACCGUUACACCUAGAGAAUUGGAAUCGCUCAAGUCGGCUUUUCUCUCCGAAAUUAGCAGCCUUAAGGCUUCCCUCAGUGGCAAAGAGGCAGAAGCCUUGUCUCUCAAGACAGCAGUCGGCGAUGCUGAGAAACGAGUCGGCGAAUGCAUGGAACAGCUUCGAGAGAUAAGGUCGGAAAGGGAGGGAUUGGUAGAGGAACGUGACAGUUGGGAGAAACGUGGGCGGGAUAUGGAGACUGUACUCCGCAAGGUGAAAGAUGAGAUUGUUAUGAGCCAGCGUGAGCGCGAAGAGCUCGAAUUUAAGCUGGACGAGAGCGAGAAACGACGUGAGGCUGCCGAGAUCAUGGCGCAGGAGGCCGAAAGUAAGAUGGCGGGCAUGCGUGCUGGCAAAGCUACCUCCGAUGCUGCAUCGGACCCUGGCGGCAACAAGUCACCGGCUGACAAGAAGAAUGCUGGCUCGCGCGAGGUUGAGAUUGCGGUCGAGCGCGUCGCUCGUGAGCUUCACGCGCUCUACAAGACCAAGCACGAGAACAAGGUUGCUUCGCUGAAGAAGAGCUACGAGAGCCGCUGGGAGAAGAAGGUCCGUGAGCUCGAGUCUAGAAUCGAGGAUCUUGCCGAUGAAAACGAGAGACUGAAACUUGGCCGGGACGCGACUAUCACCCGAUUUGACCCUAACCAAUCCAUCGUGGAUGAGGAGCGCAAGGCCCAAGCUGUAAAGGACUCAGCGCAGAUCAAGCAGUUAAAUGCCGAAAUUGAGAAGCUGGAGGCUGUUGUUAACAGCGUCAAAGUGGACAAUGGAGAACUACGUCACCUAUUGGAGAAGGAACGUGUUGAGAAGGGCGAGCUUGUCAUGCUAGCUGAGGAGAUGAUGUCGAUGCAGAGCUUAGUUCAGACGCAAGAUAAGACAGCGCCGACGGCGACUGCGACGACGCCAUCCCGACCCACCGUUACAAAGCCUAGGGCCCAGAGUCAUCAAGCUCCCCAGACUCACCAGACUCACCAUUCGGGUCCCGAGAGCUUCCGCAAUAGCAUCGGCGCCCGUCCCUCGGGCUUACGAGCCCCUGGCUCUGUGAAGAAGCCAAUGGAGAGCAGGAUUGGUGGCAUCGCCCAUGAUCGAGUUAAGAAUGGUGGUGGUAUCCCGCGCCCUGGUAGUGGCUUGAGCACGCGGAGCGGCAUCAUGAGUUCAAUCGAGAAGAUGGGCAACUAUCGUGGCCGAGGCGAGUAGAGGCAUUAAGGGCUUAUAUGAAAUGGUUUACGGUGGUUCAUGAUAAGGUGUUAAGGGGUUUGAUACAGAUAUGGGUGACGGUGCUGUAACAAAUGCUUUGCUUAUUGCACUUGCUGGAGUUACGGAUUGCUCAAUAGUCUCUUUGUGAAGUCGCCUAGGUGCCCGUUUACACCCAUUCCUGUAUC